GCAUACUUGAGUUGAGACUUUACCAACUCACUCCCUCACACACCCAAUCUCUUGUGGUCCGGUUAUCCCUAGGGUUGAAGAUCAGUCAUCUCGCUCUCUCUUAAUCUCCAAACAGACAACACUUUCGGAGAAACUACUACUCCGACCACAAUAUGAAUGUGGUGGGAGAGGAUAGGAUAAGUAAACUGCCUGAUCCAUAUUACUUCAUCAUAUACUCUCUUUUCUUCCUACCAAGUGUGUCGAAAAGAUGGAAGGAUGUGUGGGUAUAUGUACCGACUCUUGAUUUUCAAAACUGGGAACCUCCUGGAAUCCUUUAUGCUAGUUAUGAAGAUUAUGAUGAAGAAGCCAUUGUCUUGGAGACGAAAAAGUUCAUGGAUUUUGUGGAUAGGAUAUUGGUUCAGCGAAAUAUGUUAAAUAUAAACAAGUUUUCUCUCGAUUGUGGGUUUUUCGAUCAUAAGCGGGUAAAUGCAUGGAUCACGACGGCAAUCAAAUGUGGAGUUGAAGAGUUCAUUUUUUCUGGGUGUUUCUCGUACCCAAGCAAUGGCAAGAUGAUUCCAGAUUCCCUUUUCACUUGUGAAACAUUAACCACGUUAGACUUUCAGAUUGAAGAACAAAAUAGGCUUGAUCUUCCAGGAUCAAUUUCUCUUCCAAGAUUAAAGAUCCUCCGUCUUACGAAUUUCAUGUAUUAUGAUGAGAAAUUGGCAGCAAAACUCUUUUCUAGUUGCCCAGUACUUGAAGAAUUGCGGUUGACAGAUUGUGGUUUGCUUAAUUUUGAUUUCAUAUGUGUUUCAGCUCCUAUACUGAAGUCCUUCACUCUAAUCAGUUGUUUGAGAAGUAAUAUGGAAGGUGUCAAGCCUGUCAAGGUCAAGAUUGAUGCACCAAAUCUAAUGUCCUUCGCUUUCUGUGAUUGUUUACCUGAAGAUUUUUGUUUGGAUAGCUUUCCAUUGCUAGAGUUGUUUGGAUAGCUUUCCAUUGCUAGAGAAUGCAGAUUUAUAUUACCAGCAUGGCAACAUAGAGAGCAGAUUCCUUCCUUCAUCUAAGUUUAUAAUGAAGCUCUGCAAUGUAAAGGUCUUGAGUAUAUCAGGUGCUUACUUUAAGGUAUGCUUGCUUGCUUACUUUUUAGUGUUUCUUUCAUAGAAUCUUAGGUGACUUCUACAGAAUACCUUGGAUCCUCAGGAAUGACCCUGAGUUUGGCUUUUAACUUGGCCAAAGCCAAAUUCACGGCUAAAGAACUAGUCCUUGUUACAUAUUUUUCUUCAAUAAGGUAUGUUACACUUGUCAGGUCUGUUUGUCAUUGCAUUUGCUUUUUGAAUAAAACAAGAAAAGAAGUUAACAGCUUAAAAAACUUGGGUUGUAGGUUAAAUUUAGUGGAAAAGUGAAUGAGAACACUUUAACAUUUGGAAAAGUGCCUCGUUGUUUGGAAUGCCUCAAGCCGUUCGAGAUUCAGCAGUUCAAUGGGUCCCCAAAAGAGCUGGAGAUGGUUAAAUUUGGUCUGAAACAUGCAAGAAUUCUUCAAAAGGUCAUCCUGGAAACACUAUAUACUGUGGAAGAAGAUUAUUUGGAUCCACGCAAGAAUAGGAAGCAUCUUGAAGCCAUGGAAGUUGAAGCUUUGAAUAAGAAAAUUUUGAUGCAGCUAGAGACGUCUCCAUGGGCUUCAACAGGUUGUGUCAUUAAGUUUUCAAGCUUCUAAAUCUUGUUUUUUAAUUUAACCGUGGAAUAGGGUGCGGGUAGGACAUCUUUUUUCAGAAUUUUAAACAGCUAUUGCCUUGAUUUACAUCAGUAGGAAUAUCAGUUUAUAGCGGAUUUUUUUGGAACUUAUUGAAGCUUGAAUGUGUUGGUGAGUCGUCAUGCAGGAUUGAUGGUGCUCUAUUUGAAUACAGAGCAGUCUUACUUUUUGUUGG